CUGAAGGUCCAAGAUGUAUCGCAUUGUAAAUCCACUUUUAAAGCACAUAAUGCACCGGAGUUAUCUUGAUGCUACGUCAAAGAAACAGUGUUUGCAAUAUUUAAAAACCCUAAGAACUCUACAGUUUAAUGGCUACAACACCGUCUUUUUAGGAGAAACGGACCUUUCAGAAAGCUUAAUAACAGGGGAAAGAGUUCCUCAAGAAGACAGUCAAAGUUGGCCUGUGUGGACACUUGUACAUGCUGGCAACAGCCAAGGAUGGGUACCGUGGAGAUAUAGAGUAUUCCUAAGGGAUGACUUGCCUAUAAGCCAGCAAGAAGAUGUCUUUCAGGAAUUCUGUGAAUUUCUGUCAAUCACCUAUGGGAAGUGUGCCAUUGUGGUCAGAGAGAAAAGACAGCCAAAAGCAAAGAAUGAAGAGCCCAGUCAGGAGAAGGAGCCAAGUGAGCCACAGUCUCUCCUACUUUUAUCCAGCAUCAAGUGCUGCCCUGAGAUUGCCAAAGCCACAGGCCAUGAACUCCUCUCUGUACCUUUCCCCUACAACUACCUCCACCCUAUGGAUGCCGCCUGGUCAUCUUUGAAAUGGUUUAUUAUCAAUAACAGAAAGGAUUUUUCUCUGAAGUCAUUGGAAAGAACCUACUCAUACCAAUGCAUUCUCUUCAGUGACUUAAUUGGGAAAGGAGUAGAGAAGUUUACUCCCAACAAGUGGAAAGUGGCAGUUAGCAAAGUGCGGAGAUGGGAGAACUACUACCUGGAUAAGUUUUCCUAACUAUUUCUGAAUGCUCAUUGAUUGGGAGUUGGCUAGUUGAUGCACUAGAUCCACAGGGCUAUUGCUACCAGAUUAUAACUAAUCCAUCAGCAGGAAAA